AUGUCUCCCUUGAGCAGCUCCUUGCCGUCGCUGCCUGCGACCCUCUCAAAGCCCGUCUCCCAUGGCGCCGAGAUGCUGCGCGGCGCCCUCGGUGGCUGGACCUGGGGCCCGGCCCUGGCCGUGGCCAAGCCUGCCAUCCUCUCACUUCUCGCCCGCAUCGACACGGGCACCUUGCUGCUCGUCGAUGAGCCUGGGGAUAAAAGGCACGUCUUCGGGCAGAGGCUCUCGGGAGAGCUUGGCAAUGUCCCGGCCGUUACAGGACUCCCCCGGCGCGCAACCACUGUCCCCGGAGUCGAGGUUGUCGUCAAGAAUGAAGCCUUUUGGAUGCGCCUUUUCCUCUUUGCCGACAUGGGGUUCGCUGAGGCGUAUAUGCUGGGCGACUUCCAGUGCCAAGACUUGACCUCCUUCUUCCAACUCUUCAUUGUCAACAGGGACCGCAUGAACAACGGGACCACUUGGAUAUCCAGCUUCUCAUCUACCAUCUCCAGCUUGGCUCGCUCCACCAACACGCUCUCCAAUUCUCUGCUCAACAUAUCCGCGCACUACGACAUCAGCAACGACAUGUUUGCCGCAUUUCUGUCUCCAGACAUGACCUACUCAUGCCCUGUCUGGCGUACCCGGCCACACUCCGAGACACUCGAGGAGUCCUUGGAGGAUGCCCAGGUCAGGAAGCUGCUUCGCUUCAUCGACGGCGCCAGAAUCAAAGCCACCGACCACGUCCUUGAAAUCGGUACAGGGUGGGGUUCUUUGGCCAUCGAAGCCGUCAGAAGGACGGGAUGCCGCGUCACCAGCCUCACCCUUUCGGCGGAGCAAAAGAGCCUAGCCGAGGAGCGGGUGCAGGCAGCUGGCCUCGGCGACCGGAUAGAGAUCAAGCUGAUGGACUAUCGUAACCUCCCCGUCCCAUCAACGCCGUACGACAAGAUUGUCUCUAUAGAAAUGCUCGAAGCCGUUGGUGAGGAGUACUUAGCCACCUACUUUGCGUGCGUAAAUCGGCUGCUCAAGAAGCGCGGCGGCAUCGCCAUGUUUCAAUGCAUCACCAUGCCCGAGGGUCGCCACGAGGCAUAUUCCAGAUCCGAGGACUUCAUCAACCACUACAUCUUCCCCGGCGGGUACCUGCCGUCCACAACUCAGCUGCUGAGCCACAUCAGCCAGCAGUCGCAGGGUACCCUGAUAGUCGAAAACGUCGAAAACAUUGGCGGACACUAUGCGAGGACGCUGCGGCUUUGGAACGAGAAGUUCCAGGAGAACUUCAACCGAGAAAUAAAGCCCGCUCUUCUCAAGGAGCAUCCGGACAUGACAAAGGACGCGGUCGAGGUGUUUCGAAGAAAAUGGGAGUAUUACUUCACGUACUGCGAAGCUGGGUUUCUGACGAAAACCUUGGGUGACAUCAUCAUCACGGUUGGCCGGGAAGGAGCUUUGGAGUUGAUGGAGGGAAUUCCGCUUUGA